AUGACAACGAUGGCCGAUAUCUCCCAUCUACCCCUUGUCCCUGCCGCGGAUCAAGAUUCGAAGCCACCUCACGUCGUCCCUACGCCAACCUACGCCUCACUGAGCGCCUACAAUAUUGGUCAGAAGAUCGAGUCGACGCCAGCUUUACCGAUGCUGGACGGAUUGGAAGGCACGAGCAAGUCAGACCUUUUGAUCGACCAACUGCUCACGGGUCCACCGUCACCUACAACCAAUUUGUUUGACGACGUUUGGUCGCAUUCGAUGACUCAAUUCGACUCGAGCAAUGCUCUGACACCUUCGACUGCUUUGCUCGACGGUGUCGGUGACAGUGACACAACGUUGAGCGAGUCGGAGUCGGUUUGGUCAGAUUUCCUGAUGCCGCUCCUGGCAACGGUCGGGAUUGACUACCCGGUCGGAUCCGCGUCGGUCUCUGAAUCAGCUGCUUCGUCGUCAUCGGCUUGUUUCUCGACCUGCUCGACUGUCACUAACGCAACGCCUCAACGACAGACAUCGAAUGGAAUCUUUGACGUCGCCUCGAUUUUGCCCGUCAGCUCAUCUUCGCAUGAGGAUACUGCCCCAACGCACAAUGACAACUUGACAUAUCAAGAUUGCACCUCCUCCUCGGUGAAGCAGGAGAACCUCACGACUGUCGCACCGAUUGUCGACCAUCAAAACCAAUCCGGUCCAUCGCUGUACGACAACAAUUGGACUCAAGUUACUAGUCUCGCUCCCUGGCUUCAUCAAGAUGUCAGCUGCACCUCUAAUCAGCAUCACGAGCAACACCACCAUGCUCAUCAGCAACUGCAAGACACUCGGCCGAAGCAAUCUCGUACCAACGGCGGCAGUUCGAGUCGUCAAGCAACUCGACCAAGCUCUCCAAAGCAGCAGUCGCGCCCGCGUCCACAGCUUCGAUCCCGAAGCUCAACCAGCAGUCAACAUGCUUGGAACCCCUUGAUGGAUCCUCAGGUGUUGCUGUGGGCUGCCGUCAUGAUGAACGGCCUCAGCCAGGCCCAGGCCGGUGCCGGGGAUCCUGUGACGUCACCUUUCUCUGACUACUCAGCAUCCAUGUACGACGUAGGUCAGGAGUGGACGCAGGACGAUGAGGUCGCUUUCGACGACGACAAUGGCGAUGAAGCGAUGGACGAGUCUGAGGACGUGUGCGAGGACCAAAAGAGGAUGCAGUCGGACGAAGGUGGUUCGUUGUCAAGUCAGUUCCACGAGUCUCCUGAACCAUCUUCUGCCACUCUGGAGCCCAUGGCUGCCCUUGCUCGAGCAGCCGAGAGUAUUUCAAGGUCAUCUUCAUGGCCAAUGCUCUUCCCUCCCGACAUGCUCGAUUUGCAGCAGAGUCUCUUGCGUGCUCAUCCCAUGUUUGGUCGUCCCGCUAGCCGUCGUCAUCACCAUUCCCAACAACAGCAGCAGCAAUCCGCUCGACGCAGGACUCGAACGUCAAUCUCGUCCAUGAGCACUGGCCUUUCAGGUACUCGCAAGCCCAAGCAAGAUGCGGUUCGCACUUCAGCCAUACGGAGUAAGAGGCAGUCUUGUGUGGACGCUCAUCACUCUCCACGCAGUCGCAGCAGCUCUUCGGCUUCCGAGUCCAGAGGCGAGACCGAAAAGAAGGACGUAAAAGCGCAGUCGCAGUGUGCAAGCCGACCACAAGCUGGACCAAGACUGCCACCUUCCCGCACCUCUUCCUACUCUCGACCAUCGGAUUCCGGAUCCGGAAUCGACGCUUUGUCGAUCAGCGCUUGGAACGGAACCACCAACGCUUCUGACAUGACGGCGACGAGCAGCGCCGGAAGCACGAGUACUUCUCUCGGCUUUACGAUCACCGACAAAAUCGUGCUCAGACCACGUCCUGGCUCUGGCGAUGAGGAACUCGCCUACCCUUUCGCUACAGACUCGCUCCUUGAUACGCAAUACAAUCGCGGUCCCACCAUCGACGCCCAGCAUCAAGCUGAAGAAGCGGUCGAAAAAGUUGCAAAUCUGUUCCCCAGCGAUCUCUACGCACCCCGCUUCACCCGUCGAGGCAAGUGCGGUCGAGAGGGCUGGUGCUCCCUCUGCCCACAAGGCGAUUGGUACUCGAUGAAGCGAAGCCAGUAUCUCUACCACAUGCAAUUCGACCACGGGAUCAGCAACCUCACUCGACGCUUCUUCCACCCACCCCAAACACUGAGGGUGUGGAACGAUGCGGUCAGCAAGACCGACGGUCUCUGUCACCACUGCAACAAGUGGAUUCCGAUCUGCUUCGGUCCACAGAGGAAGAGGGAUUUCAAGGCUUGGUUCAAGCACGCAAGGAAGUGUCACCGCGAUGACACCGGUUGCCCGAUCUAG